CGCGUGGAGGUCGAGGGGUGCGGUUCGUAGCGCGGCCCAGCGGUCCUCCCCGAGCGAGAGCAGCGUUAGCCGAGCCGACAGGAGGCCGUGCUCCUCCUCGAGCUUCUCCCGCGUUUGGUGACAGUGACCCCGCUCCUCCCCGCGCCCCGUCCGGCACGGCCCCCGACACCACCGCCCUUCGCUGCUGCUGCUACUUCGAUAACUCCCAUCUGCCAUUUGGCCGACCUUUACCCCCGGCCCCUUCUAUACCCGCCGGCCCGGCCCGCCCGCGGCCCCAGGGUGCCCAGGGUGCUCACUGGACUCAGCACCACGGCGCCGGUCAGCUCCGUGGACGCGGUGGCGGCAGCGGCGGUCGCCGGUCGCCCGCCCCGCCUGGGCUUUGGCCAGCAACAGCGCAGCCUCCUCGACAAGCAAGGUUUCCCCGCCGCCAUGGAGGUGAAGGUGGAAGCGCAGAACAACAGCGGCCCUCAGAAGUGCGCCGGCUGCGGCAAGAUCAUCACAGAAAGGUACAUGCUCAAGGCCCUGGACAUGCUCUGGCACGAGGACUGCCUCAAGUGCGGCUGUUGCGACUGCAGGCUGGGCGAGGUGGGCUCCACGCUUUACACCAAGGCCAACCUGCUGCUUUGUCGAAGGGAUUACCUGAGGCUGUUUGGCAGCACGGGCUACUGCGCCGCCUGCUCCAAGGUGAUCCCGGCCUUCGAGAUGGUUAUGAGGGCCAGGCACAACGUGUACCACCUCGAGUGCUUCGCCUGUCAACAGUGCAGCCACAGGUUUUGUGUUGGGGACCGCUUCUACCUGUGCGAAAACAAGAUUCUUUGUGAGUACGACUACGAGGAGAGGAUGGUCUUCGCCAACAUGAGCCAACAAACGUCACUACCACCGCUUAAACGGCAGGCUAACAACAACAACAACAUCACCGUCGCAAACAACAACACAACGAACAGCAACAACAAUAACAGCAACCAACAACAACAACAGCAACAGCAAACGUCAGUGCAGUGCAACGUGACGGUCAACGAGGACAACGUGUCCCCACCCGGCCAGCAGCCACUCCACGUGCACGUUCAGGUCUCGUCCGGCUAUCACCACCAGCUUCUCGACCCGGUCGGAGGGAGGUCCAAGUAGUGGCCGCCUCCGGGACCUCUGCUGCGCGGGCCAAAACCAAUGACUGUUAAACACUGUGGGGGCGCGCCUCUAAGGCGGCCCCCUCUCUCAUUGUUAAAAGUACUCUAUGAUCUCAAAUGUGAGAGCUAUUUUCCUAUCUCGACUCAUUAAUUUAGGUGUGGUGAAGAUGUUUUAGGAAUCCUGACUCUGCCAUUAGACCAGCUUAUGUCCUUGCAAGGAACAUAGGAACUUGUGAUUCCUUCUUUGUAUUUGUCUAAGAUAUCUAUUUUAUAGUGGCUGUGCAAUAUUCGUAGAAAUAUUUAUGUUUCCACGUGUAAGAUAAUCAUGUAUAGUUUGUUUUUAUUUGUUGUUUAAAACAAAAUUGACUGUGAAUCAGGAAAACGCCACGUUGUUGUGGCCUACAGUUUGUUACUGCUUUGUUUUCUAUUUAUGUUCAUUUGGAAGCUGCUUGAACUGACAUACGCUUAAACAUGAAUUAUUCUUUCAUGUUGAUUUUCAAGUACUCUAUGGCAUUGCUCUCUCUCUCUUCCAAAUCAGCGACGACCUAGUCGUUUAAUGUGAAAAAAAACUCUUGUUCAAAUAAUUUUUUUUCUCAUUGUUCUGUUAUUAUUCUUACUAUUCGUUGUUAAAUUUUACUUUGUUAAGUAUUUUCGUUGUAUGUGCUAAUCGUUGCGUCGCCAUAUAGACAGGAAUGAAAAAAAUGAA